AUGGAAGAUAACCUCUUUCUGGGUAGGGUACCCCAGCGCAUGAUCGUGGGGAUCUUGGACAGCACGGCUUUCAAUGGGGCCAAGGAAAAGUACCCGUUUGCCUUCCAGAGCAAAGGGGUGACGUCCAUUCGACAGUUUAUCGAGGGGGAAGAGUACCCGUACGUCACCCUGGAAUUCGCCGGGAAUAAUACGCUGAAAGAUUGGGAAGGCCAUCGUCGCUUCUUGGACGCGGCCGGGUCCGUGGCCAAACAUCGCGAGUUUAUGGUCAAACCGGGCGAUUGGGGGCACAACAAGAAUUGCACCCUGUACAUGUGGAACAACGUGCCCAGCGGGGACGCCGAUGGCCCCAAACUCAAUCCCAAGCAGACCGGCAACGUGCGUCUGGAGAUCAAGUUCAGAGCGGCCCUCAACGCCAACAUCACCAUCUUGGUGUGGGGAGAAUUUGAAAGCGUCAUCUACAUCGAUCACCUGGGCGCCGUGACGUAUGAUAACAAAGUGUAAAGGGUUCCAGGGCGUAGUUGGACCAUGGAACUGGUGGCGUUGAGCGAUCGUCAAUUGAGAGCCUUGGCGCUCUCCGACCCCGAGUUGAAGCGCGUGUUCCAAGGCGUCUAUCCCUCCGAUCGAUUGCCCGAGCACCCGCCCAAGACCACCCGAGGCGCCUACAUCGUCAACACGGACCCGGCCGGCGAACCGGGCCAGCAUUGGUUGGGUCUCUGGACGAACCAGGGGGUGUGCGAAGUGAUGGACAGUUACGGGUUGCCGUUGACCGUCUACGAGGCGCCGGGAUUGCACGAAUGGAUCGCGAAGCAUUGUAAGUACGUGGUGCGUACCGACAGGACCCUGUAGGCCUACGACAGUCGGGCCUGUGGCCACUAUGCCUUUACCUACCUGCAAGACCGCGUGCGUGGACGGACCCUGCUGGAGUUUGUGGAAAGUUUUCGAGACGGCGAUUACGUGUGGAACGAUCAUCGCGUGGGGGAACGCGUGCUUGGAUCCAGUCCAAACUGGACGAAGCGGCCAUGGACGAACCCGAUGGACCGGAUACGCAACGCUGUGUCUCUCGACGUUGUUUAUUGCCUGUAUUAAACGAGUCUUAAGGAAAAAAACGUGUGUGUUUUUUGGGUGGGUCCCACAAGGGGGAGACGAUGACCAGGGACGGACAUAUAAAGGGGACGCGGACCAGGGAGGGAGUGGGUGCGGGGGGCCUCCGCGCGAGCGGUCGGUCCGAUUCCCCAAGGGUUCUCUCCCGGCCGGUGGUGGGCACGUCCGGUGUUCUCAACAAAUAGUGCUACCCUGGGACAAGUUGACCGAGUCUGGCCGCGGGGGUGCCCCGUACUCAACCAAGGGGCCCUUAGCUCAGGGGGUAGAGCGGCGGCUUUGCAAGCCGCGGGUCAUCGGUUCGAGUCCGAUAGGGUCCACGCCACGUCGUCGCGGGCGCUCCAUAAAAACCGGUGCGCUCGCGGCGACGUGCUGUUUUUUUUUGGGUGAGAAAAAUGUUGACGCGCCAAGAUAAGCGACGCGUCCUGGAAGCCUUGGACGAACGCCUGUUGAUGGAAAUGCUGCUGAACCCCGUCGACGCGUUGUGCGACACGUGGGACUAUGGACACUAUCGAACCUUUCGUCGAUUGGUCUGGGCCAGCGAUUGGUCAGGGUUGGCCCGGGCCUUGGACGCGUGCCCGGAGACCGCCGUGGUCGAGACCACGCGGACCCUGAUAAAAGAGGCCUCGCCGCGAUUGUACGCCAUGGUGACGCCAUGAUUCGUCAUCCCUGCAACACGCUGGUGGGCGGCCCGUCGGGGUGCGGGAAAUCGACGUGGACGCGCGGGUUGUUACGUCACGCCGACGAACUGAUGCACCCACCUCCUCGGGUGAAACAUUAUUGUUACGGGGCCUGGCAACCGGCCUUUGACGAGAUGAAGCAAGAGAAGGUGCAGUUUCACGAAGGACUGCCCACGUCGGAGGAGUUGGACCAAUGGCUCGGUCCCACGCAAGGGGGACUCUUGGUGUUGGACGAUCUCAUGGACGAAGGCGCCAACGACAAACGCGUGUUGGAUCUCUUUUCCAAGCACUCGCAUCAUCGGAACAUUAGCGUCCUGUUCUUAUGCCAGGAUCUCUUCCCGCCCGGGAAAUUCGCCAAGACCAUUUCGCGCAAUGCGCAUUACAUCGUGGCGUUCAAGAAUCCGCGGGAUCAAGUGGGCAUGCGCACGUUGACCCUGCAAGCCUUUCCCAACGACUGGUCGCACGUGAUGAACAUCUUUCGCGAAUGCACCCAACGCCCAUUUGGCUAUUUAAUGCUGGACCUGCAUCCCGCGUCAGACGAUCGGUACCGUCUCUUCACCAACGUGUUACCGGAGGAAGUACCGACCGAGACCUAUGAACGCCAAGCAUGA